AACAAGACAACACCUCUCUUCUUCCUUGUUUGAGAUCCAAUGAUCAAGCAAGACUCUCUCUUCUUACCUUCCCUUCCCUUAAACACACCCCCUAUGUCUGAAACCAUGUUCUUUGGAGAACCAGAUCCAGACCUGAACUCUGGUCACAUCUUGGAUUGGUUAGAAGACUCGAUACCAUACCUGCCAUCUCUCCUAGACGACCUGUAUGGAUCCACUGAUAUCAUCAAUGAUCCUUGGUGGGUACCGACGCAAGAGCUAGAACAGGAUCUCAUUGAUGCUAAUAAUACUUCUACUUCUAACUCUGUAGAGAACUUAACCAGUAGUGUCAGCAGUCCAACUAUUACAGCCCCUACUGAUCUUCUUAUUCUCUCUAAUGAGCCACAACUGCCGGUCUCUGAUUUAUCAAAGAAACGGAAAGCACCAGAGGACCAUAUGCCACAGCCAGCUCCACAGGGCAAAAAAUCAACUGGAAACAAGAAGGGAACAGGCAAAUCAACAAAGGAUAACUGUAUUAACGGUAACAAUAAAGAAGGGAGGUGGGCGGAGCAGUUGCUGAACCCGUGUGCUGCAGCAAUCACCUCUGGAAACGUGACUCGUGUCCAGCACCUCCUCUUCGUACUCCAUGAAUUGGCCUCACCAACUGGAGAUGCCAACUACAGGCUGGCCUCUCACGGGCUGCAAGCCCUCCUCCACCACCUCUCCUCAUCCACCAACAGUCCCACAAAGGUGUUGACCCCAGCCAUCAGUUUUGACACAGCAACACCCAAAUUCUUCCAACGAUCUCUAAUCAAUUUUAAUGACAUCAAUCCAUGGUUCACAAUCCCUUUCAACAUUGCCAACAAUGCCAUCCUACAGGUCUUGUCCGAGCACGACCAUGGGUCCCGCAGGAACCUUCACAUACUUGAUAUUGGAGUCUCGCAUGGAUUCCAGUGGCCAACACUUCUAGAAGCACUGAGUAGCCGACCAGGGGGUCCACCACCAUUGGUUCGAGUAACAGUAGUCCCCCCAACACUUGAGAACCAUCAACUUCCCUUUGCAAACUGCCCACCUGGCUACAACUUCGCCUCAUACAUUUUACGUUUCGCCAAGGACCUCAACAUCAAUUUACAGAUCAACAGACUCGACAACUGCCCUUUGCAAAAUCUAAAUACCCAUAUCAUCAAUUCAUCCCCAGACGAAACCUUAAUAGUCUGUGCUCAGUUUAGACUUCACUAUCUCAACCACACUAAACCAGACACCAGAACAGAGUUCUUGAAACUGAUGCGAAGUAUGGAGCCCCAAGGAGUGAUUUUGAAUGAUAACGAUAUGGACUGUAGCUGCAGCAACUUUGAUGCCGGAUUUUCACAGAGCUUAGACUAUUUAUGGAGUUUCUUGGACUCGACAAGCGUGGCAUUUAAAGGGAGAGAAAUGGAAGAAAGAAAACUGAUUGAAGGGGAAGCCGCAAAGGCACUGAUCAACACGUUUGAAAUGAAUGAAAAGAAAGAGAAGUGGGGAGAGAGGAUGAGGGGUGUCGGGUUUUUAGAGAAUGCAUUCAGUGAGGAUGUCGUCGACCAAGCUCGUGCACUGUUGAAGAAGUAUGACACUCACUGGGAAAUGAGAGUUGAAGAAAAAGAUGGGUCUGUAGGAUUGUGGUGGAAAGGGCAAUCUGUUUCCUUUUGCUCUCUAUGGAAAAUAGAUGCAAAAACUAGCGAUUCCUAGAACUAGUAGCAGAAUAAGUCUGAAUUGUUCUGUUUUAGUAUCAGUUUUCUCCACUCGAUGUCAAGGAAAGAGCAACACUAAACUGCAA